AUGGCGCCUGCAAGGAAGCAGAAAGGCGCAGACAGCCGGACUCGUCAGGUCUCUCAGCCACGCGGUCGCGGCGGGGCGAGGAGUGGUAUAACAACGCAACAACGUCCCGAACCCCGUGGCUUGGUUUUGCCGGCCGAUUUACAACAGCUGAUUCUAGACGCGUUUUGUCGGGCAUUUUCAUUCAAACACAACCAGAUUGAGUUGGACGCCACCAUCCAGGAGGUCAAAGGCCACCUGUUCCGGCGUGACUUUGCUCGUGCAUUCGCCAAGCCAGAGUACCUCGAUGCUUAUGCACUCAGAUGGAGUGCCAGCCGUGCACUAGGGUACACGAGCAUUUUCCUGCACGACGAUUUACAACGAGUUUGGAAUGGACUCGCCGAAACUACGACCACCACUCCGAACGCGAAUGCGAGUCCAUCGUCAAGAGGAGCACAUCUUCCACGUGCGGCCGGCGCUUGUAGCGUAGUUUGCAUUGGAGGUGGCGGCGGCGCGGAGGUGGCUGCAUGUGCGGCUACAGCACGAACACUCCAACUAACAUCAUGCAGACUUGCUGUUCAUGUCAUCGAUAUUGCAGACUGGUCGGCCUGCCUCUCAAAAUUAGGGCACGCACUGAGCACGCCUCCGACCUUGGCCCCUUUUGCAGCCGAGAGCGGCGCCAAAGCGGCGAAUAAGUCUUUCACAACAAGUGAUGAAGUCUCCGUCCGGUUUUCUCAACAUGACAUCCUCGCCAUCGGUGAGGCUGACUUUCAGAGCAUUAUGAUCGGGGCCCAUCUCUGUACAAUCAUGUUCACACUAAACGAGCUCUUCACAGCCUCCAUCGGGCGCACCACAGCAUUUCUCCUGGCGCUUACCGAUACCAUGUCACCGGGCUCGUGGCUUCUAGUCGUGGAUAGCCCUGGGAGCUACUCUGAAGUGAAAGUGGGAUCUGAAUCCAGUGCUACUGAGGGACAAGGAGAAGAAAGCGAGGAUGCGAACACCAAGGCAAGGCGCUACCCCAUGAAGUGGUUACUGGAUCAUACGCUCUUAGAAGUUGCUGGGAAGACGCCAGAGGGGAAAAGCAAAUGGAGGAAAAGUGUCUCUGACGAUUCAAGGUGGUUCAGAUUAAGCCAGCAACAGCCACUCAAGUACCCCAUGGAGCUUGAGAAUAUGAGGUAUCAGAUUCAUCUAUAUCAACGGACACGGCCAGGGGAAGAGGAGGGCUAG